AUGGAAUCAAUGAAGCCGAACAUACCACCGUUAAAGAUCGCCAAGUCGAAUUCGAAUUUAAUCGAGUUGAACACGAUUUCCGACGACUCGAAGCUCGUUCCGGGUCGUUUCUAUUCCACUCUCAGCCAGCCUGAGAUGACUCCGCCUAUGACGCCUUUGGGAACGACAGCACACAAUAUGGAACAAGAACAACAAGAACAGCCAGAACCGCAAGAGGCCCCGAGGGCCGUCUUCCACAACUACCUCCGCGCAUUCUAUCCUUUUCACCCGGCCGGCAAUGUAUCGCCAUCGACGGUCACUCUUCCCUUGGAGCAGGGAGAUAUCAUCCUGGUUCACUCCGUUCACACCAAUGGCUGGGCCGAUGGUACUUUGUUAGAUUCUGGGAAUCGCGGCUGGUUGCCGACAAACUAUUGCGAAGCAUACGACCAAUUACAGAUGCGCCCUUUGCUUAAGGCCUUGACUGACUUCUGGGAUAUCAUUCGAGGAGGAUGCGGGUCAUCGUUGAAGGAUUUUGGAAACCAAGAUUUGAUGAGAGGUCCGAUUGCUGGCGUUCGAUUUCUUCUGGAGAAGUCAGAGUGUUUGACUCGGGAAUCACUUUUGGUUAGGAAAUAUGACGGGCUUCGCAGGAUCCGGAAGGCUUUGCUCUCUGAUCUUUCGUCGCUUGUUAAGACUGCUAAGAGGUUCCAAGAUGUUGCCAAUGGAACACCCGCGGAGGAUGAGGUCGAGGCCAUUCUGGAUGAGAUGCUGCUGAAGGCUUUCAAGAUCGUGACUCGUGGAGUUCGAUUCCUCGACGUCUGGAAUGAGGAAGUUGGUCUGACGAGAACUAUCGCCGAACUGGAAGGCGCGAACGAUAGCCAUAGCCAGUACGACUUACCCCCAACCCCGGCAUCGGAGAGCUUCAACAUCGUCGACGUGCCUGACGAUCGAAACGAAUCCCGCCUGUUGAACCGCAGCCGCAUGGAUCAGAGUCGCGCAUCAAUACGGACCGAGAUGCUUGACCACAACCCUCGGCCGAUCUCAGUGUCAACAAAACGCAUCUCUGUGUCUCACAGGAUAUCCUACUCCGGACCUUCGUCUGCCGUUCGUUCGCAGAACUUGGCCUCGGAACGCCUGGGCACUUCCUAUGACGCCUUCCUCGGCGUGCUUGGAUCCUUCAUCGGGCUUCACAUGCAAUCUCGCUCUUCCACCGAGUUGGUUGUUACUACUCAACAGGCUGUUGAGUCCUGCCGCGCCCUGUUGAAUGUCGUCGAGACUGUUUGCGAGCACGACGGCCAGCGCACUAUGCUCCUGGAAGAAGCACGCGAGGCCAUGUGUGAAAAGCUCUCGGACCUUGUUCACGCCGCACGCGACGUCUUCCGUCCAGCCAGUGGCCAGGAGGAUGACCUCAUCUUCAUGCCCGACGAGGGCAAGCGCCUGGUUGACGCUGCUACCGACUGUGUGCGAGCUGCUGGCACCUGUCUUGCUAAAGCCCGCCUGGUACUGGAGCAGAUUGGCGACAUCGAGCUCGAUCCUGUUGAGACUGGAACUCAGGAACUACCUGGCAUUGCGGACUCGCAGGAGCCAGCCGACACACCCAGUGAAGAGAAGCCCCAAGAGAUCUCCCUUCGUCUACCCCCUCCACCUCUUCAGAUUCCAAACUCGACCUACUCACCCGCGACCCCUGCCCUUACCGACGCGACCACACCAUCUUCUUUCCAAUCGCACCUUAACUCCUCGACCAACCACUCUGCCCUCUCUUCUCUCCCCAACUCUGCCAUCCUUCCCACCCAUCUCGAAAACAUGUCCUUCUCUUCAUACGAUAGCGGUUACCGUGAGAGCCACCCCAAGUCGGACGUGAGUGAGACCUUCAGCCGAGGUGUCACAAGCACGGGUAGCAGCUUCACUUACAACAGCCACCUCCGCGACUCAGAAAUGAGCGGUGUCUCUCGUACUUCCACUCGAGCCACCUCCCCUGACAUUAGCGGCAGCUUUAACCAGCCGUCGCUGAAGGAGAGUACCUACGCACAUGAGUUGAUCUACAAGGAGGGCCAGGUGAUGGGUGGGAGCCUUCGUGCUUUGAUCGAGAAGCUCACCGCCCACCAAUCCACUCCUGACGCGUUGUUUGUUUCCACUUUCUACCUCACCUUCCGUCUGUUUGCGACCCCCCUGGAGUUUGCCGAGGCCUUGACCGAGCGAUUCGAGUACAUUGGGGAUACCCCUCACGCCGCCGGACCAGUCCGCCUGCGUGUUUACAAUAUCUUCAAGGGCUGGCUUGAGUCUCACUGGCGCCACGACCGAGACAACGAUGCCCUGGACUUCGUCGUGAACUUCGCCAACACUCGCUUGGUCGUCGAGCUUCCAACCGCUGGCAAGCGUCUCGCGGAUCUUGCUGAGAAGGUCUCGGCCGUUCAUGGACCGGUUGUACCGCGCCUGGUGUCUUCGAUGGGCAAGACCAACACUGCCAUUGCCCAAUACAUUCACCCUGACACUCCUCUUCCAGUCCCUAUCAUUGGCAAGAAGGAGUCCCACUUGUUAAAGCAGUGGAAAACCGGCGAUGCUGCGAUUACCAUUCUUGACUUCGACCCGCUGGAGUUGGCUCGUCAGUUGACUAUCAAGGAGUCCCGUAUCUUCUGUUCCAUUCUUCCCGAGGAACUCCUCGAUACUGAAUGGAUGCGGAAGUCGGGCUCUCUGGCCGUCAACGUUCGCGCUAUGUCGACCCUCUCGACUGACUUGGCUCACUUGGUCGCUGACUCUAUUCUGUAUUUGGAGGAGCCCAAGAAGCGCGCGGCCACUAUCAAGCACUGGGUUAAGAUUGCCAACAAGUGUCUUGAGCUGAACAACUAUGACUCGCUCAUGGCUAUCAUCUGCUCUUUGAACUUGUCAAUGAUCUCUCGUCUCAAGCGAACUUGGGACAUCGUGUCCCAGAAGACCAAGACAUCCUUGGAACAUCUCCGAACCAUCGUGGACGUCUCUCGGAACUACGCGGAGCUGCGCAAGCGUCUGCAGAACCAUGUGCCUCCGUGUCUUCCUUUCGUCGGGACCUACCUCACUGAUCUGACCUUUGUCGACCACGGCAACCAGUCUCUCCGCACUCUCCCCACCGACGAAGGCGAGAUGGCCGUGAUCAACUUUGACAAGCACAUGAAAACAGCCCGCAUCAUCAGCGAGCUCCAGCGCUUCCAGAUUCCUUACCGCCUGACCGAGGUUCCUGAGCUGCAGACUUGGAUGCAGAACGAGCUUGUGCGUGUCCGUUCCAACGGCGAAACCACCGCUCAAACCUUCUACCGCCGAUCCCUAGUCCUAGAGCCCCGUGAGGGCUCUCGCAGCGGCACCAACCUGCAAGCCCAAGCUGCCGCCCAGGCUGCCGCACAACCUCAACCCGAGUCCAACACGUCCACUAUUCUCGAAAACGCAAAGGACAAGUUUGACUUCCUCUCAUGGACCUACCCAUCCAAGCCUAAGUCCGUCGCGACUCACGGCUAA